UCGGCUGCUUCCCCUCCACUUCGCUCCCGCCUUCCCCCUAUUCAUACUAGAAGCGCCUCAGCUCUGAUUGGCCAGAACGUGGUGCAACCUCAGCCAAUCAGAAGCCAGGCUGCGCUCCUGCACUACGCAGAGAGCAAAUGGUGAAGAGACAAAGGCUACGAUUGGUCCCUCCACGAUAAGGUCUUAAUUUUGAAUUUUUCUUUAUGGCGAGGGAGCGGCUACUCCCGGGACGUCAUCGAACCCCUGGCCUCUUAGACUAAAAUCAUGCCCAAGUUCAAGCAACGAAGAAGAAAGCUAAAAGCCAAAGCAAAAAGAUUAUUCAAAAGAAAAGAAGCCUCUUGGGUUCAGUCUAAGCUAAUUACACCUCCCCCUCCACCACCCUCACCAGAAAGAGUGGUUAUUCCUUCAACAGAUACACCUGCUAGCAGAAACUGGCUAAGACUGUCCUGGAACUUCAGAUUUCCCAAUAUCAAAGAUGUGAUAAAUCUUUGGACAAAUAGAGUAUGGUCUAUAUACAACUGGUGCCAGAACUGCAUGACCCAGAGUUUAGAAGUAUUGAAAAAUACCAUUUUUCCUUCCCGUUCCUACCACCGAGAACUUCAUGGUCUAAAACAACGGUUUUGCACUUUGGAAAGUGAAUUCUGCAAGCUCCAGGAAGCCCUCAAGGCCAUCUCAGAAAAUUCUUCCUCUCCAAACUGUGGUCAAAUGUGUCCCAUGCACGGUAAACUUAAAAAUGUGCCUGCCUGUGCUCUAACCACCCCUGGAGACUCCGGAGCUGAAUUUCCUCCCUCACUGCCACAGCCAGCCAGCCAUCUGCCUCCUCCUCCACCACCUCCACCGCCGCCACCUCCUCUGCCACCACCUCCUGCACUGAGAGCACCAUUGCCGCUCAGAAAAUCUGAUCUCACUAAAGCACUUCAGGCUAGGGCGUUAAGAAAAGAUGGACCCAUGCAGAUAACAGUUAAAGAUCUACUGACUGUGAAAUUAAAGAAGACACAGAGUUUUGAUGAAAAUAGAAAGCUUGUACCAUCACCAAAGGCACGGAACCCGCUAGUUACUGUCUCUGACCUGCAACGAGUUACCCUGAAACCCAAGUCCAAAGUUUUAUCAACUCGAGUUACAAAUGUCUUAAUUACUCCUGGUAAAAGCCAGUUAGAUCUCCGGAAACUACUUAGAAAAGUCGAUGUAGAGAGGAGCCCAGGUGGAACGCCACUUACCAAUAAAGAAAAUAUGGAAACAGGAACUGGGCUGACCCCAGUAAUGACCCGGGCUUUGAAGAGAAAGUUUGAGUGGCCCACCAAGGAUUCUCUGAAGUCCAGGGCAGCUUCAUUGUAAGAUCUGACUUCCUGUCCUCAACAGCCUGUCAAUUCAAUAGCAGUUAUCAUGCACACCUCACUGGAUUUUGCUUUUUCCUGCUAGUACAGGGUUGCCAGAUUUAGCAAAUAUAAAUAUAUGACACCCCAUCAAAUUUGAAUUUCAGAUAAACAACAAAUAGCUUUUAGGUAUAAAUAUGUCCUAUUACACAGUGAAUUUUUUUUUGGGGGGGGGGGCAUUGCCUGUGACA